UAUGAAUCAUAAUAGAGCUAGCCAUAAGAGUAAAUGGUUUGAAACCAUGUGUUGAAGUUUUUUGUGACUCUGGGAUGGUGAAAUCCAUAUGCAAAUCAACCAAUGCAUCGUGCAUGGCCAACUCUUUGUUGUAAUUAUCCAGGGUAGUGAAGUCUUGAGAAAGACUGUUAUUGGUGGUGACCACCAACAACAGUCUUUCUCACACUCACCCAGACGAUCACACACGAGUUCCGUCACAACAGAGAGUUAGCCAUGCACGAUACAUUCGUUAAUUUGCAUAUGGAUCCCAGAGUCUAUUUAUCCCAGAGUUUGGAGUCGAUAAUCGAUUUUCUUGGAAUUGGUGGAGUUCUGCCUUGGAUAUAUUUAUUCUUCUCAAACAAAUUAAAAACUUGAGUACACUUCAGUACACUUUUUUGUACGUUCUACAUGUAGGACCUUGGAGGAAAACGAACGAGGAGACACAGGCAUUUGUGCUCUGAAUCACGAUGAAUAAUAGCUUGUGUACCGCUUCACCAGGAAAACCAAAAAUCAUUUACAAGGAACGAAUUAGGCAAGGUUCGUUCGACGAAGUUUGGUUGGUUGAAUGGGAUGGAUCAAGAGCGGCGGCCAAAAGAAUUCAAAAAAAGUUCUUCGAGAUAGAUUAUGAUCAGGAAAUAAAAGCUCGAGUUUCAGAAUUCAAGAAAGAGUGUAAAGUACUUGGAACCUUAGACCACGAAAACAUUGUCAAAAUGAUAGAUUUACUGCUUCCUGCAAACAAGUCACCAGUUAUUAUUAUGGAACUGAUGCACUGUGAUCUUCGGAGUUACAUAAAGAAAUCGACAAGCACUCCUAAAGUCAGUCCAGAUAAAGUUGUGUCAAUCGCUCUAGGAGUUGCUAAAGGUUUGGAAUACCUUCAUGGACUGCCCAAACCCAUCAUCCAUAGAGAUYUUGCAUCUAAAAAUGUCCUGUUGACGAAGGAUGGCCAGCCUAAGAUUGCAGAUCUAGGGGUGGCUAAAAUCCUUUUAUCUAGUAAAGAUGAUACUGCUACACCUAAACCGGGUACUCUUUUGUAUGCUGCACCUGAAACCUACAAAAACGUUAAAAAUUAUUCGGCCACAUAUGGAGUUGCAGCUGAUAUAUUUUCUUUUGGUGUGGUGCUACUGGAACUGAACGUUGGCCAUGAGCCUUGUCCUUUACCGUUAAAUYUCCCAGGCCAAACUACUGAAAUACAAAGGAGGCAAAGGGAAAUUGAUGAAAUGCAAGAUGAAAUCUUGAAAAGACUUGUAAUUGAUUGCCUCCAAGAGAAGAGUUCCAAAAGACCAAGAGCGAGCAAGAUAGUGACAGACAUGCGAAGAAUCAAAGAUGAAAGAGAAUGUCAAAGGGAGCAAAGCACUCAGCCGGUCAGCUUUCAAAUACUACAGGAAAAGCCUUCAUGUCAUCAUCAUUUCAAAGUGCUACUUCUUGGCAACCGUCAUGUUGGAAAAACAAGUUUAUUUGAGCUGUUGAGAGACCCAACGUACGAUAUCAAUAAAAAUUGUACACGUUGUACAUUAAAUAUACAACCGAUGAUACAUUAUUUUAAAUACAAUGACAACAUUGUACAGAUGGAAAUAGUAGAUACCGCAGGAGAAGAGAAAUACUUUUCCCUGACGUCAAGCUACUAUCGUGAUGUGGAUGGUGUUUUUCUUGUCUAUGAUGUUUCUGAAGAAUCAUCACUUCAACGUUUGGGAUCAUUCUGGAUAAAGAAUCUCAAAAAAUAUAACACAAAAGACGUGCAGAUUUUACUGGUUGGAAACAAAGUGGAUUUAAGGCAAACUGUUACUGAACAGAAAAACCUGGUUCCACAAGAAAAAGCAAUUGAAUAUUCCAGAAAUAUUAAGUCUCCUUAUGUAGAAACAAGUGCAAAACACAUUGAUAGUGUAAUGGCCAUGUACCAGAAAAUGGUAGAACUUCUGAUGAGCACUGUUAGACCAGAAGAUGUCAAUGUUCAAGUGAAUACUAUAACAUUGUCAUCAUUUCCAAGCCAAAACAGUCCAAAAUUAAAUAAGUGCUCCUGUAACAUAGCAUAAAUAUUGUUUUGAAGUACACUCAAUGCUGUUCCCGAAAAAGAAACAUUCAAGAUCAAUAUGACCUCGGGCACUAGAGAUUAAUGAGGCUAUUUUCUUGUAUUUCCAUGCAUUGCAGAGUUAAAAAUAUGUUGUAGUAUCUAGAGCUUUUGAAUUUAUUUUAUCGCUUAGUUAUUGAACGUAAACGAUAUGAAAGAGGGGAGGUGGGCGUCGGGUUGGGGGCUUGCUUCAAUCAUGGAUUUUCGUCUUGAAAUCCCCGUCCAAAAUGUGAUCGAAAACGUAUUUUAAUUGACGACUUCGAUUGCGUCACACAGUAACUUUCAUCAGUUCAAUAGGACCUGAUAGCCAAUAGUUAGCGAUGAGGAAACUGUUCUAUAGACUUACUGUCUAGGCUAUUGACACUAUAAAAACGCUGUGCCAGAAUCAUCCUAAGCGCAGACUUUACUUCCAAAUCAACCAGUCUAUUUGAAAAACUCAAGUGGAUUCCCAUAGAUGUAUUAUUCAAUUCAAGAAACUGUACAUAUGCUAUUUAAAAUUGUUCAUCAAAAAUGUCCUGCAUAUUUCUGUAAGUGCAUAAAGUAUGUUAGUAAUUCACAUGGCUAUAGCAUUAGAUCUGCUUCUAUCAAUAACAUUCGAGUCCCAAAAAUCAAACACAAUUCAGAACUUCGAACUUCAUGUUAGCUCAAUCAAAUUAUGGAACAAUUUAGACUCUUCUAUAGGAACAUCAAAGAAUUUCAAAUCUUUUAAGUCGUCAUUAUUACAUUAUUUUUUAUCUAAGAAUUCUAAAUUAGAUCAUUUUAAACCAAAUAGAACAUUUUGACUUUUUUCUUCUUCUAUUGUAUAUAUUUUA